AUGCUUGAUUUUUCCGAAAAAAUAGAUGAGUGGAAUCGGAACGCAUUAGAGUUAUUUCGGAUUUCGGAGAUAAAUGAGAACCAGGAAUUUUUCGGAGUAGUGCGCUUUUAUUUUUAUGGUCCAUACGACAAGUACUACUCAAAAUGCGUUCGAAUUUCAAGUCACGCUACUGCACGACAUUUGGUGAAUGUGCUUGUGGAGAAAUUUCAUCCUGACUUACGCCUUCUCAAAUCCGGACGCUACGCUCUCUACGAAUAUCAUCCGUCCACAGGAGAACGACGCUUGGGUGCUGAGGAACGACCUCUGAUGAAUCAAAUCAAUUGGAAGACUAAUCAACGCGAAGGCCGCUUUAUUUUACGCGACGAGUCCAAGCUCGACAUGAGGGCUGAGCACAUCAUCCUCCACCAACUGCUCAGCCUGCGACCCAGCUCUCCAUCACAGCCUCACCACGAAUACAGGUCGUGCAAACUGUCACGAAAAGUGGGUCCUCACCUACAUCCACACACGUAUGUGACGCAAUUGGUGGAGGUCUUCAGGCGACGCGUAGCCGCUAGGUAUCUUCGCAGUAACCCCAAAAAAACACCUACAAGAAUCGGUCAUCUCAUGCUUAACGACCUAGCAAUGCUAUGGGGUGGUGGAGUCAACCGCAAUCCCCCGAAUGUUGGCGAUAGCAGUGGCAGUAUCAACAUGGCAAAGUGGCGAAGCGCAGGCAAUCUCAUAACUGAGACCCCUUCUGUGGAAGCUUACGCGAGGUCGCAAGAACCCAUCGCCAACAGCUCGGACGAGCUAGUCUUUGCUGUCGCCAACGAGAGGGAGAAAAAUGCCCCUUCCGUAUCUACUAAAAAGAAGUCCAAAUCGUUGAAGACCAAUGGCAACAUAAAGAAGAGGCAGAAGAUGGCAGCUGCACUUGCAAGCAACCAGGCUGUUAUGCGAACUUCCUCCUUGCCGAAUGUUUUGGACGAACCGGAGGCGCUAAUGAAUGCAAACCAUGAAGGCAUUGAUCCGCAAACGGGGGCGCUAACAGUUUUCCUUCAAUCCGCCAAUCUACCCACUCGCAGCCAAACACUGAAAUCAACAGUUUCGGAGACGUCAGAUCAGAUAAUUCAGCGAAUUCUCGCCUCCUACGGUCGUCUGCAAAACCUCGGAUCCUACUGCCUCGAGCAAGUCAACAUUCCAACGAAAAGCGAAAAUCUUCCUUACAGCGUUCCACCCCGCCGUAUACUUCGAACCGAGGAGAGACCACUUCACAUUUUGCGGAGCAUUCAGGCAAAGUUUCCCCGAGUUCGCACGGAAUUCUAUCUGAUCUUGCAUCAGGAUGAGAGCCUUUCGCUACACGAAGAUGCGAGCUCGCAGCAACAGGACUACGCCAAUAUUUCGGUUAAGCGACCUGCACCGCAGCUGGUAGAGGUGAAUCCCAACGGGACGGCAAAGGUUGGGAAGGUUCUACGAUUUAAUCUCACUGGUCUUGUUCAACAAGGAGGUGGGAGACAAAAAGCAGGUGUUCCGAUUAAGGUUGGCUCGCAGUUUGCGUCUGUCGGACCACCUCCGAAUAUAUUUCUCAGUGCGAAUAGAUUUCCGGACAUCCGUCCAGUACACUGUACGCUGCUUCCGGCAUCUUCAGCAGUCGACGGUGAGAAAGGUGAAAGCACCGGUGCUGCAGUGCUCAUCUCACCUGCUCUCGACAUUACAACAAGGCCUCCAGGACCCACUGCAGUUUGUCUAGACGGUCGAAAAGUAGUACGUCCAACACCCCUUCGUCAUGGGUGCAUUGUGCAGUUAGGUCGAUCCCUCUUCCUCAAGUUCCUCGAACAGGGCACCUCGUUGGAGAAGACACGACAGGUUCAUGAACAAGUGCCGAAGGGAUCUAUGCCCGACCUUACGUUCCAAGAAAGCCAUAGAGGGUGGAGUCCCGAAAAACAAUACAGAAGUAGGACUUCUUUGAACCAACCGACUUACACAAAUACGGAUCAGCUGUUUCCCGAUCGACUCCCAAUCCUCGUGGAUGUUCGCCUUCCUUCAUCUGCUACUUCCACCACCACAGAUGAUUUUGCUGCCUGUCUCCAUGAGGCUGCCUGCGACUCUGUCGAUGCGGUGCUCAAACUGGCCACCAGUCUCUCAUUCCACACUACGACAGUUACUUCCGCCUCAAGCAGAAGUACGUCUAGACCGCCUAUCUUUGUACUUACACCGGCUUUCCUGCUUUACGGUCUCCUUCGUGGAUGCUUGCGACGGUGGAAGGUUGCUCAUUUAACGAGGGAACAGCAAGAGCACUAUCUCAGUGGCCUACUCAAUCAUAUUGGAAGUCAGAUGUUCCAGUGUAUCCAAACGUGCUGUCAAGGCGAUUUCAGCACUUGGUCAUCCAUGCGUGUUAUCUUCAAUCAGCUUCUUUUCUGGCUGGCAAAUUCCAGUGAACUCCUUAAUUUCCUGCAAAAUGACACUGAUUUUUCCGAGGCUAUCGCUACUUCCAGUCACCUCUUAGCCAACUGCAUCGAUUCCGCCUUCCAUGAGUUGUGUCGAGGCUUUCUGGAGCUCCUAAAGUAUCUCACACCAAGUCUUCUUUUUCCUGGAGACUUCGACCAACAAGACGAUCUGCGUUUGGAUGACAGACCCCUUCCUCCUACUGAUGAUCUCUACUUGUCGUUGCCAUCCACAAACCUGGAGCCGAACAUUCAACGUCUCCUUCAGAUUCUCGCUUUCAUGAUACGGGGGAUGCGUCAGGCGUGUGUGAACGUCUCCUUUGCGCUACAGCUCUUCGCUUAUGUCUUUCAUUCAAUGGGAGCUUGGAUCUUCAAUUCCAUAGUCCAGGCGAAGGAUCAUCAGGAGGGCAGAAGGGGGAGUGUAGGUAGUUUGUGGACCACCAGACUGGGUGCUGGACGUCUGAUGCGACGUCUGCAAAGAGUGAACCAGUGGGCAACAAGGCAUGGACUCGGCAGCGUCUGUGAGUUGCACCUCCUCAUUCCCGUUCAGACUUGCCAACUUAUCACUGCGGAUCGCUCCAAAUUCCGUCCAUUCCAGAAGCGAGUGUUGGAGUUGCGUUCAUUGAACAGCGCUAGGAUAGAAUGGCUUCUUACACAUCUUGGUGACCCACCUCCAUUGACCUCGGAAUGGAUCAAAAAUAUUACAAAGAGCGUUAGACAGGAAAUUGAUCGUGAGAUUAUGGAGCAACACGGUUCCCCAUCCAGUCGUGAGACCCGAGAACUGCUCUCAUUACAGGUCCCAGUUGAGCUGCCUCUGCCCCUCAUAGUACCUCCUGAGGGGUAUGUCGCCACUAGCGGGUUGGUUGGGAUUCCUGAGGGUUUCAUGGAGACUGUACAACCUCUCGUGGAAGACGGGUGUUUGAGUGUGCGGAGGAAUGAGCUAGCUUUUAAGGCACCGCUUAACGGAAUGUGGACUGGACACUUCAGGAAUAGGUUUGACUCGAGGUCGGCACCUAGUGGACAUCCGAUGAACAAGACUUUCAACAACCAACCCGAUGCUAAUGUUGAACACCUUGCCAAGGAAGCUGGCGUCAAGCUGUCUUCCGUGAAGCGCCUCGUUCUUCAAAAGAAUGGCCAACCUUUAGGUCUUGGAAUAGUUGCUGCAAAGCCUGAAGGCAAUGCGCCUUAUGGCAUCUACAUCCGACACAUCGUUCCGAGUAGCGUAGCUGCUCAAGACGGUCGCGUAGAGGUCGGAGAUCAAAUCCUCGCGAUAGCUAAUUCCUCUCUUGUCAACUGCGACCAAUCGGAAGUCGCUGUGUCCAUUCUGGCACGUAUUUCAACUGCCGUCCACUUAGUGGUCGCUAAACGGGCGGCUCAGGCAAGAGGGAUCAUGAAUUUGAUCAAUUCGGCUCAACGAGGGAGGCCUCUUCCAACUACGAUGGCCCGUUCCACACCCUCUCUCAAUCAGGCCAGUCACUGGAAUCAGGAGGAGGAUGAUGAUGAAGAUGAAGACGACGACGAUGAUGAUGAUGGAGAUGGAGUGCAGUUUGGGUCGAGAGUACCGCUUGGCAGCGGUGCCUCGCAGAGGCAGUCACAGCAGUCCUUAUACCGACCCAAGAGCGUGGACGGUUUGACCAACGGCCGAGGAGUGACUCAAGCACCCAAGAUUCGCGAAUUUGAGGUCUCUUCCGAUGACAUUUCCAGUGACGAGGGCAGCGAUGAAGUCUGGAAUUCGACAGAGAAGACCCUAAAACCAACUUCUAAAUAUGGUGGAAGACCUUCACCACCAGAAGUAAAUCUCUCCUUCCAACCGUCGCCGGCCAGUGUUCAGGGGUCCCUUGACAGCUACAAAUUCCGAUCACAGCAGGAUCUUCGAUCCAGUGGACUGACAACACGACCCUCCAGCAACGGCGUUGACAAUGAAUCCAGUUCAACAGAUUUGAAUGACUUCGCCAAACGUAAUGCUGAGGCGAUUAACAGCCAGAAAAAUGGUCCUUCCAAGCAAGAUGUCUCGCCCUCAUUGUCAUCUCUUUCCUCGACAUCGUCCAUAAUCACUCAGGAGAUAAGGAAAGACCCUCCAAAUGUCACAAAGCCUUCACAAGAAGGCGUCUACACGAAUGCCUCUGAGAUGACUUCGGAAAGUGAAGAUAUUAUCACAAAUGUUAAGCAAAGGAUUCCUUCCGAAACUCGUGCUGCGACUGCUGAAAAGACCACAUCUCCGUUGAACGCUUCUCCGGCUAGAAGCGUCACUGACAAGGCGAUGCAAACAGUAGCAGAAUCGAACGAUGCUAGAAAUGUUGCCGAGUCGAAGAAGCCUCCCACUACGGUGUCUCUUCAAGCUUCUGCAGUACAGACAGAACCAGUUCGAGUGGUUCAGGAGGAGGAGGACGUCGUUAGGUAUACACCUCCAUUAGAUCGACUGCCACUGGUGCGAAUACAGGAAACUAGGAAUGGCGCAGCUAGGCCCAAUCCACCCUCGACUGGACCCACCCUAGUGGAGGACGUCACGAAGGCAGUGAUUGAUCCACAAGUUGGACGACCGCUUCCAAAGCAGAAAAUCGUGACCACCUCAGCUUCCUACUCAGAUCUUCGUCCCUCUUACUCCACUACUAAUGUGAAUACAAGGGCGAUCAAUAGCCGUCCAGAACCGAGUACCAUCCAAUCAGGCGUAACCUAUUGGUCCUCCCAGACCGAUCUCGCAGUUUCUGGCGGUUCUCCACCCCCGGAACCAACCGCCAAUUUCCCGCAGUACCAUCCGCCAGACAGCCUCGAGCCUUCUGAUCUAGCGAUCAAGUAUGGUGAUGUGGGACCUCCAAGAGGUCACAGAUCGCCAUCACUUUCUCCAACAGGACCUUCGUUGAGUGUGUAUGGGCCUCCGGCUAGUCACUUUAUCCCCCGGAGAUCAAGCAUCAGGGACAAUUCACCAAUGAGGCUGGAUCUUAUUCAGCGUUCGAGAUCGCUGUCGGCGUCCAAUCACACCGUGCGUGCGGGCAGUUUGAAUCGUGUGACACAGCCUGAGACGGUGGACAAUGGGUCGCGACAUCUGCAGGACCUGGCGCGUGGAAUUCGCCAACUGGAGGAUGCAGUGGAGGCUAAUCCGAAUGCUGAUUUGAUACGAGAGCUGGACCAACUGCGUGUGGAAUAUCGCUUUCAGCUGCAAAUGAAUGAGAGGAGUCGAACGCGGUCGCUGAAUGCGCCCUACAUGCACUCCCCUGGCGUGGGCGCCCCACCGAAAGCUGCGCCCCCAGUUAUGCCGAAGCCUCGACCGUUCGUGCCAAAUAUGCCUGCGACUAACGGAUCGGUCCCUUCUCAACCGUUUGACGACCUUGCCAACGAACGCUUGGAGGCACUUCGUGUGCAGGAGCAACGGGCACGCAUCUACGAGGAGAAUUUGAGUCGAAAAGACAACUCCAAUCUCAAGUCUUCCACCUCUGGCAAUCUUUACUUCGCACCCCCGGCCAUCCCUGUCCCAUCACUGCAGCCGAAAUAUACAUACCAGGUGGAGUCGGGUCCACUGUAUGAGGAGGACACCGGCGCGAUGUCCAAAGCGUCGGUGACAUCACGCUACUCCCGAACCGCUACUCUCCAGUCUCCACUCGCCUCCUCCCCAAAUACCGAUGUCUGCUACUCACCGCUGACUCGCGGGACGGAGUUACGUGCCAGUAGGAAAUCGGUGACAUUUGACACGAAUCUUGAGUCCGUAGCGCUCUACUCACCGCCCGAGACGCCUUCUGGACUCGCGGGGAAAACCUACCAACCCACCAAUCAGGUGAGGCAGGCUGCAAUGCGCGUGGAGAGCCAAUCGGCUUCGCGGUUUAACAGGUCGACUGCAAGUGAGCCAAGAAGUCCAACUUACGGAUCAAGCGUAACACAACCAGAAAACGCGGAAAACCUUUCCUUCAAGGAUAAGAUGGCCUUUUUUGCUAAAACUAUCGGUGAAGAUAUGCCGAAAGAUCGUUACAAGGCCUCCCAAAAGGAGCGACAAAUAGCGAACAAUUUGCUACGCUAA